AGAGCCUCACAUCACUCACACCCUUGUUUAACCCGCUAUAUAAUUAACAAAUUACCAGCUGAUUUUGAAACAUCAAACCAAACGUUGCCGUUCCUUGAAUUCGUUUGGCGUUUUUUUCGAAUCGCGUGGUUUUUUCUUCACAAUGGAUAUUUUAGAAGACCUUGAUGUAUUACGCACUUUUCGUAAUGAUAUAGAGGAAAUAAGAGGCUUUAACAGCGGAAGAAUGAGAAUGAUUAGGCGGAUUAGGCGGCCAAAACAAUACAAGAAAAGAAUGAAUCCUUUACAAGAUUUAAGUGAAAGUGAUUUUAGGCAAAGGUACAGAUUUAGCAAAGAAAAUAUGCUAAAAAUAAUAGAUAUUUUGAGAAAUUACUUGAGUGUGGACAGACGUGGAGGCUCUAUACCUGUGGAGUUACAGGUGAUGUCUGUUAUUAGGUACUGGGGCAGACAUGAGAUUCAAGAAGACUGUGCUGAUAUCCAUGGCAUGAGCCAGCAGACUCUAUCAUAUCUAUCUAAAAAGAUAGGUAUUACACUGGCCUCAAAAAGCUCUAUCUACAUUCAAAUGCCUUUGGAUAUAAGAGCUCAAAUGGAGUCAAUCCAAAAAUUAAAUCCAUAUGUGGAAUCCCACAUGUUAUUGGAGCCGAAGAUGGAACCCAUAUAAAAAUUCGAAACAUAGGCGGAGAAGCUGGGCAAUACUAUGUCAACAGAAAAGGACACUACUCUAUAAACACUCAGUUUGCCACUGGAGGGGUAGUACUCACGAUGCACGAAUUUUUCGUGAAAGUUCUGUGAGACAGAGGUUUGAGAAUCAAGAAUUCAAAGGGAAUACUCCUGGUACUCAGCUGAAUCCGGUUAGACUGCAAGCCAACCACAACAUAGUUGGGAAAAAGACUCUGAGGAUGAAUUACAUAGCUAAAAUAAAAUAAAUAAAAUAAGAUAAAAAUAGGCUUUAUUUACUUACUAAAUUACAUUACUACUUUUUACGUUUAACAAAAAAAAAAUAAUUUAGAACACUUAAAUGAAUAAAUAAAUAUUGUUAAAAUGUUCACUCUGUACUGGUAGUAGUCGCCUCUGCGGCGAAGGCCUCUCCUAAACCUUUCCAGAUGUUUCUCUCUCUGGCCAUUUGCAUCCAGUGAUUACAUUUGUAGCUGAAAACGUCUAACGAAUGACAUAGCUACUCAAUUUUAUUUAUUUUCUUUUUCCAGUAUUCAUACUCUAAAUCCAAAAUACUCAUUUUCUUUUUAUGUAUUUCUUCUGCUCGUUCAUAUUCUCUCUCCCUAGAUUUUUUGGCUAAAAGAAAUAGUUGUCGCUCAUAGUUCUUAACAUUAUUCUGCAACGAAAAUAAAAAAAUAUCACAAUGUAAA